AUGGGGAUUUUUGCACCCUAUAUAUCAUGGAAUGCUAUCAUUCUACUCGGUUUACUACUCUACCCCCCUCCGCCAGUUCUUGCUAGGUCUCUUGACAACACUGAACAGCAGAAAAAGGGGGUAGGACUCGGACAUGAAAACCUCCCAAACAACAGGCGGCCAUCGCUCUAUACAGAGGACUUUGGCGACUGUAUGGGCAACUCAAUGAUCAAGCUCACUCAGUUUAAGGCAGCAUAUUAUCAGGAUAAUCUAACUGUGGUGUUCCACCUGGAUGGCCAUACAUCUAUACUGAACGAGUCCCUGAUGAUGUAUAUCGGUUUGUUCGCAUAUGAGAAGAAGGGGUUUGACUUGAUAUUUGAUCCCUGUAAUGCAAACAUAUCCAGCCUCUGCCCGAUAACUACCUCAAACCGAAUCCUAGACGGCGGUUUUAUCCCAGUUGCCCCCUCGGACGUUUCGGGAAUUCCACCUCUAGCAUUUAAGCUACCUGACUUCGAGGGCCAAGCCGUUAUUCGAUUCUACUCUAAUUCCACGCAGUCGCAAAUAGCAUGUUACGCUUCAACAUUGACUAAUGGCGUCACAUUAUCACACCCACAAGUUGUGGGAUCCAUCAUUGCCUCGCUAGUCUCGGUCACAUUCGUUUUGUCUAUCGCAUCCAUCGUGUAUGGGGAGGAUGUAGAGACUAUGCGGGCUCACUAUUCUCACUCUCCAUCGUUGUUUGUUGCCUUUACCGUCCUCCACCAUAUCUACUUCACGGGUGCCCUUACUUCAACUUGGCCUCGCUUCUUGACAGCUUUUUGGUCGAACUUUGCGCCGUUCGCCGGGAUGAUAUAUUCGGAGUCAAUGCAAAACUCGAUAAAUAGAAUGAUUGGGGAAAAUGGUGGAAAUAUUCGCGUCCUAGGAGCCCACCCCAUCAGUGCUGGGUUGCCGAGUGGCCGCGAUAUAACAGAUAUAUACAACGUAUCGUCGUCUAGUAACCGCCCUAGCAUCCUUAACAAUGGGUUGUGGAAACGUGCGGCCCAGCAAAAUUAUCGUAUUGCCGCCCCUUCAGCUCCUUCGAGCCCAGAGACUUUCGAGUGGCAGCACGGAAAGCUUCUUGAUCAUGGGCUUCCACUACUGGGGAAUUAUUCCGGGUUCCCCGGGGCCCUUGCCAUGCAGAGAAUACCAGUCGCAAGUGCGUUUACCACAGGGCUCAUUUGGUUCGUGGUGCUGCUGGUUAUUCUAACGCCUGUGAUACCUGCCAUCAAGCUGACGAUUGAGUUACUUAUCCAUUGGAAUGCCCUAAAGGGGCGGCGGCCAUGUUACUACGGUCCCUACUGA